AUGGAUGAGGAAAACAUGACGAAAAGCGAGGAGCAGCAGCCUCUGAGUUUGCAAAAAGCCUUACAGCAGUGCGAGUUGGUCCAGAACAUGAUAGACCUGAGUAUCUCCAACCUGGAAGGGCUUAGGACCAAAUGUGCUACCUCCAACGACCUCACACAAAAAGAAAUCCGGACCCUGGAGAGCAAGCUGGUAAAGUACUUCAGCCGGCAGCUGUCCUGCAAGAAGAAGGUGGCCCUGCAGGAGCGCAACGCCGAGCUGGACGGCUUCCCCCAUCUCCGGCACUGGUUCCGCAUUGUCGACGUGCGCAAGGAAGUCCUGGAGGAAAUCACCCCGGGCCAGCUGAGCCUGGAGGACCUCUUGGAGAUGACGGAUGAGCAGGUGUGUGAAACCGUGGAGAAAUACGGAGCCAACCAGGAGGAAUGUGCCCGCCUCAAUGCCUCCCUCUCCUGCCUCCGGAACGUGCACUUGUCAGGCGGCAACCUUUCCAAACAAGACUGGACCAUCCAGUGGCCCACCACAGAGACGGGGAAGGAGAACAGUCCAGUGUGUGCCCCGGAGCCGACGCCAUGGAUCCGCACCCACCUCUCCCAGAGCCCCAGGGUGCAGUCCAAGUGCGCCCAGCUGUACUGUCACGCCAGCCCCACCCCUGGGGCCCCUGUGUAUACCCAAGUGGACAGGCUCACUGUGGACACCUACCCGGGCCUGUGCCCGCCACCCCCCCUGGAAUCAGGCCACCGUUCCCUGCCCCCGUCGCCCCGGCAGCGGCAUGCAGUCCGCACCCCACCACGCACCCCCAAUAUCGUCACCACCGUGACCCCGCCAGGCACGCCACCCAUGAGGAGGAAGAACAAGCUGAAGCCCCCAGGGACCCCGCCGCCCUCCUCCCGGAAGCUGAUCCACUUGCUCCCGGGGUUCACGGCCCUGCAUCGGAGCAAGUCCCACGAAUUCCAGCUGGGCCACCGCGUGGACGAGGCCCACACGCCCAAAGCCAAGAAGAAAAGCAAGCCCUUGAACCUCAAGAUCCACAGCAGCGUGGGCAGCUGCGAGAACCUCCCAGCUCAGCAGCGCUCCCCGCUCCUGUGCGAGCGCUCCCUGCGCUCCUUCUUCGUGGGACAAGGGCCCUUCCUGCCCUCCACCCCUCCGGUCCACAGCGAGGCCAGCUUCUCCUCAAACACACUGUCAGUACCGCGCUGGUCCCCGCAGAUCUCUCGCAGAGACCUUAGCAACUCCAUCAAGCACAGGUUUUCCACCAAGUACUGGAUGUCUCAGACGUGCACAGUUUGUGGGAAAGGGAUGCUUUUUGGCCUCAAGUGUAAAAAUUGCAAGUUAAAGUGCCACAACAAAUGCACCAAAGAAGCCCCGCCCUGCCAUCUCCUCAUCAUCCACCGAGGAGGUAAGUCAAGGCUAGUCCGGACAGAGUCGGUCCCGUGUGACAUCAACAACCCUCUGCGAAAGCCACCCCGAUAUUCGGACCUGCACAUCAGUCAGACACUCCCCAAAACCAACAAAAUCAACAAGGACCACAUUCCUGUCCCUUACCAGCCAGACUCCAGCAGCAACCCCUCGUCCACGACGUCCUCCACGCCCUCCUCGCCAGCACCCCCGCUCCCUCCCAGCGCCACGCCGCCGUCUCCCCUCCACCCUUCCCCGCAGUGCACCAGGCAGCAGAAGGCCUUCAACCUGCCAGCGUCCCACUACUACCAAUACAAGCAGCAGUUCAUCUUCCCAGAUGUGGUGCCGGUGCUGGAGACGCCGACCCGGGCGCCCCAGGUCGUCCUGCAUCCAGUGACCUCCAAUCCCAUCUUGGAAGGAAAUCCAUUACUUCAAAUUGAAGUGGAGCCAACCUCAGAGAACGAAGAGGGCCAUGACGAGGCCGAGGAGUCGGAGGACGACUUCGAGGAGAUGAACCUGUCCCUCCUCUCGGCCCGGAGCUUCCCGCGCAAGGCCAGCCAGACCAGCAUCUUCCUGCAGGAGUGGGACAUCCCCUUCGAGCAGCUGGAGAUCGGCGAGCUCAUCGGGAAGGGCCGCUUCGGGCAGGUGUACCACGGCCGCUGGCACGGUGAGGUGGCCAUCCGGCUCAUCGACAUCGAGAGGGACAACGAGGAGCAGCUGAAGGCCUUCAAGCGGGAGGUGAUGGCCUACAGGCAGACGCGGCACGAGAACGUGGUGCUGUUCAUGGGCGCCUGCAUGAGCCCGCCCCACCUGGCCAUCAUCACCAGCCUCUGUAAAGGACGGACCCUCUAUUCGGUGGUGCGGGACGCCAAGAUCGUCUUGGAUGUCAAUAAAACCAGGCAGAUUGCCCAAGAAAUUGUGAAGGGCAUGGGCUACCUCCACGCCAAGGGAAUCCUGCACAAGGACCUCAAGUCCAAGAACGUCUUCUACGACAAUGGCAAAGUGGUGAUCACAGACUUUGGGCUCUUCAGCAUUUCCGGGGUGCUGCAGGCUGGCAGGCGGGAGGACAAGCUGCGCAUCCAGAACGGCUGGCUGUGCCACCUGGCGCCCGAGAUCAUCCGCCAGCUGUCCCCCGACACGGAGGAGGACAAGCUGCCCUUCUCCAAGCACUCGGACGUCUUCGCCCUCGGAACAAUCUGGUAUGAGCUUCACGCCAGGGAGUGGCCUUUCAAGACCCAGCCAGCAGAGGCAAUCAUCUGGCAAAUGGGCACAGGCAUGAAACCCAACCUCAGCCAGAUCGGCGUGGGAAAGGAGAUCUCGGACAUCCUUCUCUUCUGCUGGGCCUUUGAACAGGAGGAGAGACCCACCUUCACCAAGCUCAUGGACAUGCUGGAGAAACUGCCAAAACGAAACCGCCGCCUGUCUCACCCCGGGCAUUUCUGGAAGUCGGCAGAGUAG